UUUUAGGGUUCUUGCGCAGGAGAAGUGAUGAAUGGAGGUGGAGCGGCGAUUCUUCCAGCGAUGGCUGGUAUCCUGGAUGUGGCCGCGAGAAGGGGCGUGAGCCUGGAGCUCAAGAAGCUCGGCCCAUUCUUCACGGUGAUAGCAUCCAACAGCAAAGAUCAAGCGCUGCUGGGCGAGGCGAGAGGGGUGAUCAGGCCAUGGAUAGACGGCAUGGUUCUCCAUCUGGAUUCCAUCCGGAUGACAAGAGCCUCCAAGAUCAAACAAGACAAGCCUCUCUUCGGUGUGGCACUCCUGAUUGGAGCAGCGGCGAUUCGCCAUGGCUACGAUUGUGGCUGCUCCAGGGCCGAGCUCCUGGCCAUCAACGACAGUGAUUUGUACCACUCCAAGCUGCGGAGGUACUACCAGAGGGUUGGAUUCGAGGCAGUGUAUGAAGUUAGUGGAGAAUCGCUGCGGGAUUUGCCACACAUGCUCGUGUGGGGAGGGAUUGGGACUCGCAUGGAUGCAAGCAUUCACCACCUGCUAGUCAAGUGGUCAAAGGUGUUUCACUCAGGUGGUCAAAUGCCUUUGACCCAGAGUUCAAAAGCUCUUUUAAGCGCUAGGUUGGAUCAGAAUAUUCGCAGCUGAGUUUGGUUUUUGAUUGCGUAGUAUGUAGGGAUUUACAACGAGCCGAUGGGUCCAGAGUAGAAAUGGAUGUCUUUAGGACGCAGGCAAAACGUCUUUGGGACAACAUGCUUCUUUGGCUGGCCAAGUCUCUUACUAAA